AGGACGGGCGGGGAGGACUCGCGGACAUCCGCGAUCUGCACGGACUCGUACAACGCCUCGCUGGCCGCCUACCACCCCUGGGUCAUCCGCAAGGCCGCCACCGUGGCCUUCUGCGCGCUGCCGCCGCGAAACGCCUUCCUGGAGACCAUGAACGUGGGCACGGCCGAGGACGCCGUGGCUGUGCUGGGGGAGGCGCUGCCCCACAUCUGCGACGUCUACAGCAUCACCCAGGAGCUCUUCGCACAGCACCAGCUGCUCGACCUCCCCUAG